AUGGAAAUGAAGUUACGAUGCACUGAAUUUGAUUACAAAGGGGAUGUCAAAACUACAGCAGGGGAAUUUCUGAAAUCUGAUUUUUGUCAAAAACAUUCAUUAUUGCCACGUGAUCUAAGAACGAUCGAUACCUAUUCUGUUUAUCAAAAGCCGAACAUACUUGUGAGAACGGAAGCCAUCUUGGUGAAUGUAGCACAUUUAAAAGCAUUGUUGAAGAGUGAUUUGGUUGUAUUGUUUGACACAUAUGGAUCAACCGAUAGUUAUAACCAGAGUAUAUUCAUUUAUGAUUUACAAGAGAGAUUGAGAUCACAAAAAGAGAGUUUACCUUUUGAAUUUAGGGCACUUGAAGCAAUAUUAAUAUCAGUUACUUCAUCAUUACAAUCUGAGUUGGAUAUAUUAGAAGGACCAGUGAAUAAGUUAUUAGGAGAUUUAGAAGAUUUAGCAGAUAUUGAAGAAUCCAUGAAUGGAGAUAAACUACGAGAUUUAUUACAAUAUUCUAAGAAAUUAGCUAAAUUUGAACAAGAUGCUUUAUCUAUUCGAGAUGCAUUAGAAGAAGUAUUAGAUAAUGAUGAGGAUUUGGCUGCUAUGUAUUUGUCGGAUAAAAAAUCAGGCAGAUUUAGAGCACCUGAGGAUCAUGAAGAAGUUGAAUUGUUAUUAGAAGCUUAUUAUAAGCAAACAGAAGAAAUUGCUGCAAAGGCAUCAACAUUAAGACAACAUAUGAAAUCUACAGAGGAAAUUGUGCAACUUAUAUUAGAUGUGUCACGGAAUUCAUUAAUGUGGUAUGAUAUUCGAUUGACGAUUUUCACCUUAUCUGCUACAGUCGUGAGUGGUUAUGGUGCACUUUUCGGUAUGAAUUUGAAAAAUUAUUUUGAAAAUGAUCCUUAUGCUUUUGGUCUCUUAUCUGGUCUUGCCGUCAUGUCUGGUUUAGGCGUGUUUGCAGUUGCCUUUAAGAAAUUAAGAACAUUAGCUAAAAUUAAACCUUAA